AUGGAAGAUUCUGGAGUUUUUGCCCCUCCUUUUGCGUUGGGUUCACAAGGGGUCAUUGAGAAGCACCAAAAUCCGUCGCAAGACCAAGAGCAAGAGGAGCAGCAGAAAAGGCAACAAGAGAAGCGUGAGCGUCGUCGACAGCACAAGCAGCGGCGGCGGCAGCAGCAAAAGGCUUAUUGCCGCCCUGAGGCUGUCUCGGUCCCCCCAGAGCUGCUGGGGGCAUCACUGGAGAGGCAACACGUCGACUCUAUCUACGCUAAGAUCGCCCCUCACUUCAGCCACACAAGGAACCGCCCUUGGCCUCGCGUCGCUGCUUUCAUUGAAUCCCUCUCCCCAGACGCUCUCUUGGUCGACGUUGGAUGUGGUAACGGCAAAUACCUCCACUGCAGACCGCAGUGCGGCAGCACCAACAACAUAGGCGGCAGCGGCAGCGGCAGCUCCAGUCCCUACAGCUGCUUGUCAAUAGGCCUUGACAGGUCUCAAGAACUUCUGGAAUGCGCCUUGGAACAUCAGCAGGGUUCUGUGGGGCCUAGGCUACUACAGGCAGACUGCCUGCACACUUGCAUAAGAGACGAAGUCGCCGACGGCGUCAUUUGCAUUGCUGUCCUUCAUCACUUGACCACUGAAGAGAGGAGGGAGCAAGCCUUGGGAGAACUGGCGCGCAUAACGCGCCCUGGCGGUCGCAUCCUAAUAUACGUGUGGGCCCUGGAACACGAGGCGGGUAGCGUUGGGGAGCGAAAAUUCCCUAGCCAAGACGUGUUAGUGCCUUGGGUGUAUCAGAAGCAUUAUGAACGGGCUCGAGGUCUGCCGAAGACCGACGACAGCGGUGGAGUGGGGUCCGCUGUUGAGGGGCCUGUUGAUGCUUUUGACUCACCAGCGCCAGCCUCUUCUCGUAGGGAGGAAACAUUCUAUCGGUACUACAGAGUGUUCAGCAGGGAGGACCUGCUCAAGCUAUGCGAAAAAGAGAAACGAGUGAAGGUCAUUGACUGCUACAACGACACAAACAACUGGGCGGUGUUGCUUGAAAAGUGCAACGGCUGA